UAUAAGUACUACAUAUCGAAAGAUGAAUUUCGAACCAACAAACCUGGUUAUAGUAUUCUUGCGGAUGGAACGGACGUUGGAUGUCAUUAUUAUGCAAAUUGGGAUAUUCGCCUGGCAGAUAUUGUCAAAACACGAUGUAUUCAGUUAAUACGUGGGUUUUGA